AUGGGCAGAGUGUCCUUCCAUAUGGACAGGGCGCUCCUGUUCAAGGGUCGUCGGAAGGCCCAGGCGAUCAUGGGGCCCCUGGUGAGGUGCGCGGGGUGGCCGACUUCUUUGGAGGCGGAGCAGCCCCUGGUUUUGGAGGAGGCAAGCAUCACAGACCCGACUCAGGAUUAUUUUGGGGGUGGAGGCUUUCUUCACACGGGAAGUUUUCUCACUCAAGCGCAGCAGCCCUCAGGACCCCAGCUAUCGUUGAUCCCUGUAAAGAUCGCACAUGUGUACAAGGCCUGGAUGCAGGACCCUAGCUCACUGCAAGUGUCCUACUUUCCUUGUGGCCCGCUCCUGCACCUUGUGAAACUUGUGGGCGUUGUAGAUGUUCCGUCAAGAGAAUCACUUGAGACGGCUUUGCAGAGUGCCCGGGUUCAGUUCAGCCUGGAUGACUUCACCGGAAGAAUUGAAUGCGAAUACACAGUUGGAGACGAGCUCACAGAGUUCCGUCAGAAUCAAAUCCUUGAUGCUUUGUGUUGCGGGGGCCUGGUGACGAUCUUUGGCUCCAUCAACUUGCUGGGAAAAAGCGAACCGUCCCUGCGAGUGCAUGCAAUUAGACAAACGCAGUCUGUAGCGGAUCUCAUUUAUCACGAGUCUGCGUGCCAAGCUGUCUAUCUUCGUCUCAAAUAUCCCAAUGAAGACUUGGAUAGCUCUGGUGCUACUGCACCUGGCCAGCAGCAGGCGAUGCAGCCAGCUUUGCAGCGCCAACAGCCCUUCGGUGUACCGCAGAGAAUUCAAGGGGCGGCCCAUUCUGCCCAAGCAGCUUUUCCCUUCGGCUAA